CGCAUGACGUCAGGACGCCGCGGUCAGGACGUCUCCGCCUAAGCAGACAAGAGCCAGCCGGGUGGCAGAGUGUGGUUGCUGCCGUGGUGCCACCACCGUAGGCCGCUAACGACGAGUCACGGGAGCAAGCGGUGCUGACAGUGAAAAAGCAGUCUGGCUCCCGAGGUCCAUUCCUUAGACCCCAAGGUCCAGAUGGCGGCCAAUGUGGGUGAUCAGCGCAGCACCGAUUGGUCCUCCCAGUACAGCAUGGUGGCCGGGGCCCCCAGAGAGAAUGGCAUGGAGACCCCCAUGCAUGAGAACCCGGAAUGGGAGAAGGCUCGCCAGGCCCUGGCCAGCAUCAGCAAAUCAGGGGCUGCCGGCAGUUCCAAAGCCAACAACAGUGGACCUGUGGCCAAUGCACAAUAUGUGUCUCAGGCAGAAGCUUCGGCUUUGCAGCAACAGCAGUACUACCAGUGGUACCAGCAGUACAAUUACACCUACCCCUAUAGCUACUACUACCCCAUGAGCAUGUACCAGAGCUACGGCUCACCCUCCCAGUACGGGAUGGCCAGCUCCUAUGGCUCAGCCACAGCCCAGCAGCCGUCGGCUCCCCAGCACCAAGGGACUCUGAACCAGCCCCCUGUCCCUGGCAUGGAUGAGAACAUGACCUACCAGGCCUCCCCUCAGCAGCUGCCCGUGGCCCAGCCCCCUCAGCCCUCAAAUCCCCCACAUGGGGCACAUGGUCUAAGCAAUGGUCCUCAGCCUGGAACAGCCCCAGCCACGCAGCACAGUCAGGCGGGGCCGCCUGCAGGCCAGGCCUAUGGACCGCAUAGCUACAGUGAGCCUGCCAAGCCCAAGAAGGGCCAGCAGCUGUGGACCCGCAUGAAGCCAGCCCCUGGCACUGGAGGUCUCAAGUUCAACAUCCAGAAGCGGCCCUUUGCUUCAACCAACCAGAGCUUCAGCUCCAGUGCAGAGGGUCAGCACAGCAGCUUUGGUCCCCAGCCCACCCCUGAGAAAGCCCAGAACCACAGUGGGCCUUCUGCCCGGAACAACCUGUCUGGGAAGCCUGACGACUGGCCACAGGACAUGAAGGAGUACGUGGAGCGGUGCUUCACUGCCUGCGAAUCAGAAGAGGACAAGGACCGGACAGAGAAGUUGCUUAAGGAGGUGCUGCAGGCCCGGCUCCAGGACGGCUCUGCCUAUACCAUCGACUGGAGCCGGGAGCCUCUGCCUGGGCUGACCAGGGAACCCGUGGCUGAGAGCCCCAAGAAGAAGCGGUGGGAGACCCCUAGCAGCCUUCACCCUACCAGGGGGGCAGGCUCAGUGACCAGGGGCGGGGGUGCCCAAUCCCAGCGAGGGACACCUGGGGCUGGGGGUGCUGGCCGAGCACGGGGUAGCAGCUUCGCCAAGUUUGGCAAUCGCAACGUCUUCAUGAAGGACAACAGCUCUUCCUCCAGCACGGACUCCCGCUCCCGCUCCUCGUCCAGGUCCCCCACCCGUCACUUCCGGAGAAGUGACUCCCACUCGGAUUCCGACAGCUCCUACUCAGGAAAUGAGUGUCACCCUGUGGGCCGCAGGAACCCACCCCCCAAAGGCCGGGGGGGUCGGGGGGCCCAUAUGGAUCGUGGCCGAGGCAGGGCACAGAGGGGAAAAAGGCAUGACCUAGCAUCUACCAAGCGUAGCCGCAAGAAGAUGGCUGCCCUGGAAUGUGAGGACCCAGAACGUGAGCUAAAGAAGCAGAAGCGGGCAGCCCGCUUCCAGCAUGGGCACUCCCGCCGCCUGCGUCUUGAGCCCCUGGUGCUGCAGGUGAGCAGCCUGGAGAGCGGUGGAGCUGAUCCCGACUGGCAGGAGCUGCAGAUCGUGGGCACUUGUCCCGACAUCACCAAGCACUACCUGCGUCUGACCUGUGCCCCCGACCCGUCCACUGUGCGCCCUGUGGCUGUUUUGAAGAAGUCACUGUGCAUGGUCAAGUCCCACUGGAAGGAGAAGCAAGACUAUGCCUUUGCCUGUGAGCAGAUGAAGUCCAUCCGGCAGGACCUGACGGUACAAGGCGUCCGCACCGAGUUCACCGUAGAGGUAUAUGAGACCCAUGCUCGCAUUGCCUUGGAGAAGGGUGACCACGAAGAGUUCAACCAGUGCCAGACGCAACUCAAGUCCUUAUAUGCUGAGAACUUGCCAGGCAAUGUGGGCGAGUUUACUGCCUAUCGGAUCCUCUACUACAUCUUCACCAAGAAUUCUGGAGACAUUACCACAGAGCUUGCGUACCUUACAAGGGAGCUGAAGACAGACCCCUGUGUGUCUCAUGCACUGGCACUGCGGGCAGCCUGGGCCCUGGGCAACUACCACCGCUUCUUCCGGCUCUACUGCCACGCACCCUGCAUGUCUGGCUACCUCGUGGACAAGUUUGCAGACCGAGAGCGCAAGGCUGCUCUCAAGGCCAUGAUCAAAACGUAUGUGGCACUGCACUCUGUGGCCUUCUGUGCUGUGGUUCCGCCACGCCCCCUCUCCAUGUGCUCCUGGUUAAUCUUCAGUCCUAUGCUGGAGCCCCUUCCCCAUGGCUUUCCUCUUCGACCACCCUCGGUUCCAGGUCCCUUCUGUGUCCCUUGUCCCAUCUUUCUUACCUCACUGUUCCUGUUCUUUCUCCAUUCAGCCUGCACCCUUUUCUUGUUUUCUCAGGCGAGAUUUGUAUCUUCACGCUCCUGUCUCUAUGGCCUUUACUUGUCCAUUGCAGCUCCUCUGCUGUUCUAGAAACACUAAAAAGGGUGGCCCCAAUUGUAUGGCUUUUGGUCUCAUUAGGAGAGGCCCUGUACUACUGAGUUAUUCUGAAUGCCAGAGUACUUAAGGACAGUGCGAUGGGAGACAGGCAAAAGACCUUUUUCUAGCAUUCUGUAUGUUGCUAUUGUUGGGUAAGAAAUGGUUGACUCGCAUUUAGGCCAACAGUUCUUUUAAGGUUCAAAGGCCCCCAAGAGAUGUUUCUUGUUGUCACACGAAAGAUGUUAUGGGUAUUUAGUGGGUAGACCCAAGGUUAAUGUUUUACUAUAUUGUCCCACACUUGUCAUUGGUCCCCAUGUUGGUUGAAAAACUGGUCAAGGGGUCUGUCAGGAAUCAAGAGGGUUCUUGAAUGCCAGGCUAGGUACCACCUUUCCUUAUGUAGGUGGUAAGUACACAGACUUAAGGGAGAGAGGCCACAGGCUAAGAGAUGAGUGGGCAGCAGGGCCUGCCUAGUCCUUUGUGGCCCAGUAGGUUCCUGCGCGGGCAGAUCUGCGCCUCAAUGCACAUGUGGAGUGAUUGGGCAGGUGAUCCUUUUGGUUUAUAUAAUCAGCGUUGGGGCCCUGGCCUGAUGUUGACCUCAUUCUCAGCCUUUCCCCUGUGAAGUGGGCCAAGUCCCAUACACGCCAGACCCGUGUGUUCCUGCCAGGGGCACAGAGGCUGGCUUGGGAGGCAAGCAGGCUGCUCUGUUCAAGGGCCGCAGAGAGCAUGGCUCCAGAAAUUGAUGUUUCCCAAGUGUCUAAAGGGCCAUGAUGGCUCACAGGAAAGGGUGGGUCCCUGUGGAUUCUUGCCAUGUGUGACAAGUGUGCAGUGAGGAGGGCAGGGCACCUCAGUAGCAGCAAGUCACUGUUGAGAGUGCCAGUCUGUGCCACCUUCUGAGCCGACAGUGGGGUUACUGUUGGCCUUGCCCUCCAUGCCCUUGUACCACUCCCUCUGUCUGGCUCCAGCUCCUCAGCCAGCAGAGGAGCCAGCUGGGCCCUUCCCCUCCUGUCCCCUCCUUCCUGGACAGGUAAGUGAGGGCGAGGGGGGGCAAUGCUGGGCUCUGGGGCUGUCAGCCCUACCCCGGGCCCCCCCAAGCCCCUGAGGUGGGGAGGUUGGGAUGGGCUGUGGAAGUCAGUUGGGUCCAUGCUGAGGAAACAUGUGGGUACCCGAACAGGGGGCACCUGCUCCCUGCUCGUGGGGCCCUCCCCUGCCCGCCGGCCUCAUCACUUUCUCCUCUUGUCUCCAUAGCUUCCGCCCUGCGCUGCCAGUCUCCUACCUGCAGGCCGAGCUGGCCUUCGAGGGCGAGGCCGCCUGCCGGGCCUUCCUAGAGCCCCUAGGCCUGUCCUACACGGGCCCGGACAACUCCAGCGUGGACUGCCGCCUC